AUGGCGUCCGAAAACGGCUCAGAGUCCAAGGAAGAGAAAACGGCUCUUCUAGAGACGGAACCGGCACAAGACGAGCAUCCAGAAUGUGGCACGGUGGCAAAACAAGGCGAAUCCAAGCUAACUCUGUAUCACUGGACGCAGUCCUUCAACUCUCAGAAGGUACGUCUGGCCAUAGCAGAGAAAGGUUUGCAUUGUGUGGAGUAUGAUGUGAGCCUACCACUCAGUGAGCACAAUGAGCCUUGGUUCAUGCGUCUGAAUCCAACUGGCGAGGUGCCAGUCCUAGUCCAUGAUGACAACGUUAUCUGUGACCCAAUACAGAUCAUGGACUACCUGGAGCAGAACUUCAAUGAUGAGGCCAUUCCCAAGCUGGUCCCUGAAGAGGGCAGUACGUACUAUCUCAGAGUGCAGCACUACAGAGAGCUGCUGGACUCACUACAGAUGGACGCCUACACCCACGGCUGUAUCCUCCACCCUGAGAUCACUGUGGACUCCCACAUACCGGCGUAUGCUGCCACAUGCAUACGAACACAGAUCGGAAAUACGCAGACUGAGCUGAAGAAACUGGCAGAGCAGAACCCAGAGCUUAAAGAUGCUUAUGUAGCAAAACAGAGGCGCUUGAAAUCUAAGCUGUUUGACCAUGACAACAUGAAGUACCUGAAGAAGCUUCUGGAUGAACUGGAGAGUGUGAUGGACCAGGUGGAGACAGAGCUACAGAGGAGGGUGGAAGAAACACCAGAAGAAGGCCAGCCAUCCUGGCUGUGCGGUGACUUCUUCAGCAUGGCCGACGUCUCUCUGGCAGUCACCUUACACCGCCUGAAGUUCCUCGGCCUCUCCCGUCGCUUCUGGGGCAACGGUAACCGUGUCAACGUGGAAACAUAUUACGAACGUGUGGUGGAGCGGCCGGCCUUCAGGAGAGUGCUGGGCCACGUCAACAACAUCCUGAUCUCUGCUGUCCUUCCUGUUGCGUUUCGCGUGGCCAGAAAGAAUGCACCGGUUAUUGUUGGUACCACUCUGUUGAUAAGCAUCCUGGGAGGAGCUACGUACCUCGCUUUUCUUUACAUGAAGAAGAGACUGACUGCCUUUAGCUGAGGGAGACUGAGGUGGUUUGGGACCAAAUGGGGUGAAACUAAUUUAAAUCAUCGGAAGAUAAAAUACAUAGAAUAUUAUGACCAAUUAAAAAACAUUGCUAAUAUGUACUUGAAACAAAACUUAAUCGUUUUCCAUGUUGCUGGUUGCACAAAAUGCACUUUUGGCCAUCCUUUUUGAGUUUGUGACUGCUGCGUAAUACACAAAAGCAUUUGCUUAAAGGACCAUAAUGGUGUUUUUGCAUGUUUUUUUGUCUUGUCAUCCAUCACAGAUACCAGAUCUGGUGAGUUAGCAUGCGAACAGCAUUAAAUUCACAAGCCAGAUUUGGGAGGAGGUAUGACAGGUAUGCCAACAUAUAUGCACGCAAACACGGGUGGUCUGCAAUAGACAAUGGAAGUUUGAUUGCAGAAAGUUGCUCUGGCUGUCUAAAUGUUUUUACAGCACAGCUGCAUAUAAAUGCACCAUUCCUCUUUGGCAAACUUUAAAAUACAGGAAUUCAGUUCAUCCAAUCAUACAUAAACAAAUAUGUUAAGUAGACUUUCACAUUGUACUAAAGGUAAUGAAAACAAAAGAAGAAUGGGUGACCAUAUGGAUAAUCCCACAUAGAAUAAAUACUCGACAUAUGGUAAAUGGACUAAAAUGUGUAGAAACACCACUGUAGUCACUAAGCACAUCUUUUUGUGUACUCAAAGAGUCUUAUAUGUGUUGCUUAAUGUGUGCUUUUCAUUUGUUCCAUCAUCGACAUCAAUAUAUGCAUGGUAGGAAAUUAAAAACAAGUACACUCGAAGCCCACAGUCUGCUUUCUGUGACCAAAUUUGCCAACACUGAACAAGAUCAGCACUGCAGUCAAACUGUAGUCGACAUGACAAAAACAUAUUUGUCAAUAAAAACACAUUUAUGUUUUUCUGUAAAACUGAUUAUCCAGUGUAUGAUAGAUUCCCUUUGCAACUACAGCUAAAUGGAUACUUUUUCAAUCUAUUAUAUAU